AAUAAUUAUAUUAAAAGAUGGAUUUAGGCAUUCUUUUCUUCCUCUUUCACACCCUGCAGGUUUUGACAGCUACUAAAAUUAGAUAUUGGAGGUUUUGUUCAAUUAGAUGCUAGGUUUUGACAAGUCCCCAUGAGAUGUAAUGGCAAAAGAGAAUUGAUAGGCACAAAGUUUCUUCUUGUUAUCAUGCUAUAUAAAAAACAUGUCUCAGUUGUGUGGUUUGGUUUGGUUUUUGUUGUUUUCCAUUGCAGGAAUGCUAUUGAUUCCUCUUUAUUCAAGCAAUGGUUGCAUAACUUGCAAAGUGAGAUUGGGAUUCUAGCUGAUGGCACCUUGGCUCUGAGACAAGUUCUAAUUCAGGUUCCAGGUAUUGUAUUUGCAAGAGGACCUGCUGUGACUGUGUUGAUACUUCUGGAAUCAGAUGGUGAAACUUAUGCUGUCCUUACUGAACAGGCAAGGGUUCCUACUGGAAGAAUUAUUUUGGAAUUGCCUGCUGGAAUGUUGGAUGAUGACAAGGGUGAUUUUGUUGGCACUGCAGUUCGUGAGGCUUCUCUCUCUCUUCAUGGCUUAGUUGUGCCUCUGACAGGUUGAAGAGGAGACUGGCAUAAAGUUCAAACUUGAAGACAUGGUUGAUCUCACUGCUUUCUUGGAUUCUUCAACAGGAUGCAGAUUUUUUCCCUCACCGGCUAGUAUUGGAAUGGAUAACUUGAACGCUUAAUGCACAAAGUGGAGCAGUUUUAGGUUGAUUUUGAUCUUUUACUAAGUAUUUAGGUUGAUGAUCAUCUCUAUUAGUGUAAUUUGAUAUAUCAUGAGCAGUUCUAACUUGUAUUGUUUCUGUAUUUUUCUUCGGUUUUUAGUUUUGGAAUUUGAACUCGAGAUUUAUUUUGUAUUUGAGUAAUAGUUUUUUAAUGUAUAAAACAAUUAUAGUAAAUUAUAUAUCUCACUAAUUAUUGUUUGAUUUGUCUUGUAAUAAAAAGUUGCAUAUGAUAUUUGUAGGUUUGGUAAUAAAAAAGGAUUGAAAAUUUAUAUUGUGUAGCAAUGAAGAUCAAGUAACGAAAAGAAAUUUUUUUUUUUAAUUUAACAAGGCUUUCGCUAUGCUUUUAAAGCGUGGCUGUAUAUUUUGCUAUGGAGCGUGGCCGUAUCUCCACCUAUCGCCACGCUUUAAAAACGUGGUCGUAUCUCCAAAGCGUGGCCAUAUUUUCCACCUACAGCCACGCUUUUCCAAGUGGCAGUUUGUAAAAAA